UCACCGAUUCCGCCCCCGGCCAGACAGGCGAUCGCGGGAGAUCUCUUUAAGCUUCUCAAUCCUCCUCGGAGGAGUAUAUAAAUGGAAUCCCGAUUUGGAAGCCUCGAGUUCACCAUGUUGCUACCCUUGACGACUCUAGCGCUCAUCGCCUCAAUCACGUGCGAGCUUCAUUGCGGGGAGCCCGUGGUGCAGCCUCAGCUCAUCGACCUCAAUAUUAUCGGGGGUCAGGAGGCACUUCCCAAGGCGUUCCCAUGGCAAGCGGGACUCUACACGAAGCCGAGGUUCAACUUACCUUCUUUCAAUCACGGAAGCCACUUCUGCGGUGGUGCCCUCAUCGAUAACCGCACCGUGAUCACGGCAGCUCACUGCCUGGGCAUGUCAAUCAGUGCAGUGCGUGUCCACCUCGGAUCUCACCAGCGCUCCACCAAAGACGACGGGGAGAUCUUUGUGGAUAUCAAGGAUGUCUGUCCUCAUCCCUCAUGGAGGGGGCAACUGAAUGACAUCGGCAUCGUUCGUCUCGACCGAGAAGUCACUUUCACCGAUGCGAUCCGACCGAUCUGUCUCCCUGAGCCUAACGAGGAAGUCAGCCAGAAUGAUAAAUUAUACGUGACUGGAUGGGGCUAUACCUCUAGCGGCGUGGAGCAAAAGCCCGCCGAAGUUCUCAUGCAGGCUCGACAGAUGCAAAUAACCAAGGAACAGUGCCGAAAUUUGAGGCCUACUAAUCCCGAGAAACUCAUCUGCACUCUCCACAGCCGAGGCUCAUCCUGCCAUGGGGAUUCUGGAGGACCUCUGCAAAUCAAGCGAGGGAAGUACUGGCAAUUGCAGGGAGUCGUGUCCGGCGGCCCUCCUAUCUGCGGCACCCCUGACUGGCCGAUGUACUACACCGAAGUCUCGAAGUACUUUGAUUGGAUCGAAGCAUACAAGAAGUCUCCAAACCCGACGUUCGAUAGUAGUAUCUGUGGAUAAGGAUCACGGAGUUCGUGUCCAUUUCCGACGUGCUCGGAAAACUGGUCAUGUGACGAUCUCAUCGGAUUCAGUUUUUUUUCUGAGAAUCGCUCGGCACAACCGCAUCGAAGGGCCGUAUCUGCGAGGCGUUCGGUCGCGGAGCGACGAACGAGAUCGCUGCGGAAGUCGUGGAUGAAAACCACGAUCUCGGGGAAGAUCGCCAUAGAGCGGGGGAUCCGUGAACUUGCAGCAAUAAAAGGAGCAUAUCGG